AUGUCCAACUCAUCUCAUAUAGACAAAGAGCUCGAGCAAGUCCAAGGUCGCGAAAAGCGAGCUUACACGCAUCUCUACACGCAACUCGGUCUCAAUCCCUUGCCAGACAGACCAUCUGCAUCAACAUCAUUGGCAGGGGGAGCAGCUCCUCCACCCAUUCCUCCUCGCAAUCCCGCCCGAGGAGAGCACUAUAAAUGUAAUCGUGCAGAUAUUGUGUCUUGUAAUUUACCACAGAAUGAAGUCGUCAAGCAGGAACAGGAACAGCAAGCACAACAUAACUCCAUGGCCGCAGAAAAGGCCGAUCAUGGCCGUGCCGAAGAGACAGAGGCUUCAUGUGCAGACUAUGGAGGAGACAUUGAUACAGAGAAGAAAUCCAAUGUCAUCAUAAACGACCUGUCCAACGCUAUUGGCUUAGCACUAGAUGAAUGGAAGGAUGUCUCGAAUCACAAUUAG